CUCAGUGUUCGUGUCGCUCUCCUCGCGGAUGAAUCUCGCAGGGAUGGAGAUCAGAGUGGCUCGUUUUCGCGUUCGCCGGAGAUAAAGUGAUUUUAAGGAGAAAUGCGGCGUGUUUCGCGUGCUGAAGAUCUCACACACCGCCGGUCCUGAGCUCGCGUUGAGACGAGGAGCGGCGCUGGGAAGUUUAAUGCUCCUCAAGAGCGACCAUCUGAGCCGCAUCUCCCACCCAGAUUUGCCGUUUUAUGCAGUCUCGUGCAAUCUGAGAGAUCAGGUUAAAGGUUUCCUGAGAAUAGCACUGGCGUCCACCUCAGAUGACUCGUCCACGAAACGAUCACGGCACGUUAAUCCAUUUCGAUUGGUCUGGAACGGCGUCGCAGGUGCUCGCCGGUCGAUGUAUCCGUGUCUGCGUGCUGCUGAAAUGAUUAUCUGACGCUCGAACAUCGCUCGUGAGAUUUCACCUGCUGGUUUUGGCGCACAAAGUUAGGAUGACCUACAAAUGGUGUCUGUUUCUCCCCGCUGGGCUCAUGCUCCUGAACUAGGGUGGGGGGGUGUCGCCCCGUUCUGCCAUGAAAGGCUACACCCCCCAGCGCACCCGUCACCUGUCCGAGUGCGAGCCGCCCCGUUCUCCCAGUCACCGGGAGCCUCUGUACCCCCCCUCCGCCUCCUCCACCCUGUCCCACGCCCCGUUCCUCCUCCCAGCAGCCAUGGAGCACUACGGAGCCCUGGACCCGCACCACUUCUCCCCGACGCCCGACUGCCUGAUGCCCCUCAACAACCAGCUGUCCUCCAGCAGCACCUUUCCCCGGAUCCACUACAACUCCCACUUCGACCAGGGAGACUUCGGGCCCGGGGCCGACAGCAUUGGGGGGAUCAGCACCGGGACACUGGGGACGUCUAUGUCCAUGGGCAUGGGUCUCGGAGUGGGACGGACCGCCAUGAUCACCAGCGGAUCCGCAACUAUAUCAGGAGCAGGAAAGAUGAACCGGUUGCCUCCUAACCUCCUGGACCAGUUCGAGAAACAGCUUCCGGGUCAACCGGACGGCUUCAGCACGUUGCAGUUCCAUCGAAGCACCGCGGUGACGACGACCAAACAGCAGCAACAGCAGCGCACCGACAGCCCGGGAAAAAUACGCUACCUAGUUCACUCUGUCCAGAAACUGUUCGCCAAAUCCCAGUCGCUGGAAAACUCCGCCAUCAAGGGAAACAUGAACGGCCGGAACAGCCGAUCGUCGAGCAGCGAUGACAAACACCAUCGGAGCAAAAGCAAAGACCGAGCGAAGAGCGAAGGGACGGCCAAACGGAGGCCACGGUCCAACAUGUCCGGAUACUGGAGCUCUGACGAUUUGGACAGUGAUAUUAGCAACUAUAGGAACCCGAUGGCCAUGAUGACUUUGGGUCGGCCAGCGGUGGGAUCCGGACCGGGGCCGGACGGACAGGUGGCAUCCAGGUACUUCAUGCAGGGCUACAGCACCAUGAGCGAGCACACGCUCAAAUCCUCGAAGAGUAACAGUGACCUGAAGCACCAGGGGCUCCCUGCACUCCCGGGGCCAGGCGGCGGUGGCAUCGGAGGAGGCCGAGGGCCGAUGUUUGACGGGAACUUUAGUAAAGGAGGACCCUGGUCCACGCUUACGUUAGGACCCACCAGACAGGUGUGCCAGAAGGGCUCGGCCACGCUGGACCGCACCCUGCUGAAGUCCAAAUCUGUCCAGCAGGAUCUGGGCUGCCACUUCCUGCAGGUGCGCGGGAGGAUGCCCUCCACUGGUGACUGGACGGGGACUCUGGGCCGAAGCGGGCCCAUGGGCGAGAUCCCUUGUAGACGGAUGCGUAGCGGCAGUUACGUCAAAGCCAUGGGCGACCUCGAGGACAGCGACGACUCCGACGGGAGUCCCAAACCCUCGCCCAAGAGCGCCGCUCGGAGACAGAGCUACUUACGCGCAACACAGCAAUCACUAAGUGACCAGUUCCCCUCAAGAAACCGUCUGCUGGACUACUCGAUGCUGCAGGGGGACCUGGAGGCUCUCUGGUCCCCCCUCCACAGCAUCAGCACCCUGCAGCAGAUCGGACGCUCUGUCAGCUGUCUUCCUUCUCUGCGAGAGUUCUCUGGGAAUCGCAGCCUGGAUAACCUGGACUGCAUCGGAGGCAGUUCUCCGUUCCCAAACUGGGACGAUGAUGACUUCAGUCAGGGCUGCAGCACGCUGGGACGAGGCAGCUGCAUCAGUCAGGUGCGAGACAUGGAGUUGAGCCAGCAUUACGGAGACGAGCUGGACGACAUGCAUCUUCACUCGCGCUGCAGCGAGCCUCCCGACAUGCCCAUGCCCACGUGCUUCCGCUCACGCAGCCAUAGUUACCUUCGUGCCAUCCAGGCCGGCUGUUCUCAAGACGACGACACGGCCUCCAUGGAUUCUGAUUCCCCGCCUCCCACGACCACCACCACCGUCCGCACCUACAGCAACAGCACCGUCUCCACGUGUAUGACCACCUGUAAGAAGGUGGCUCCGCCCCCCGUACCUCCUCGAACCACCUCCAAACCCUUCAUCUCCGUCACCGUUCAGAGCAGCACCGAAUCCGCUCAGGACUGCUACCCCGACCCUCACGACCGCAAGAGCGAGGCCAACAGCCAAUCGGGGCGCAGCAACUCCUCCGACAGCCUCGACAGCCUAGCCAAAGGGUCGCGACCCCAGCUUCCCGUAGCUCCGCCCCGUGAACCCCAGAUCCCGGCGGCCGUGGUCAUCUCUCCCAGCCCGCUCCGAGAGUCCCAUCAUGAGCAGGUGAAGGGGGAGGCGCUCGCCGCGGACGAACCCCCCGCAGACCCCGUCCCGAGAAGAAAGCUCUCCUCCAUCGGGAUUCAAGUGGACUGUAUUCAGGAAAUCCAGGCUAAGGUCGAGACGCCGCCGCUGGCCAGGUUCCAGUCGAUCGGUGUUCAAGUGGAGGACGGCUGGACUUUCAGCCGCUCCAGUAGUAUGGCCUCUCGGCAAGAGACGGACUCAGACACACAAGAUCUCUCGCUCACAUCGCUAACAUUCCCGUCCAACUCCAAGCACGCCGAGAAGAAAGUCAUGGUCAACAGCGCCAGCCAAUCGGUGGACUCGCCUCCGCAGCUCUCCCUCGACAACGGUAACCAUGACAACGACGUGGCGGUGACGACCAGCGGCCCCUCCCGACAGAUCCUGACCAACCGCUCGACCACGCAGAGCAGCUCCUCGUCCUUCUCCGAGAGCCUGGAUCCGGCCCUCGACCCCUCGUCCCUCCCGCCGCCCGACCCCUGGCUGGAGAGCGGGAACGGGACGGGGAACGGGGGCCCCUCCCAGCCGCUGACGGGGGCCACGGGGGCCGCAGCGUGCCGGCGGGACGGUCACUGGUUCCUGAAGCUCCUGCAGGCCGAGACGGGACGGAUGGAGGGAUGGUGCAGUCAGAUGGAGAAAGAGACCAAAGAGCACCAGCUCUCAGAGGAGGUUUUGGGGAAGGUCCGGACCGCGGUGGGCUGUGCUCAGCUCCUCAUGUCCCAGAAGUUCCAGCAGUUCAGAGGCCUGUGUGAACAAAACCUGAAUGUGAACGCAAACCCCAGACCCACGGCUCAAGAUCUGGCUGGGUUUUGGGAUCUUCUUCAGCUCUCAAUAGAAGACAUCAGCCUCAAGUUUGACGAGCUUUAUCAUCUCAAAUCAAACGACUGGAAGCUGGAAGGAGACUCACCGGAGAAGCAGGAGAACCAGAAGCAGGCUCCACCGGUGCCCAAGAAGCCUGGGAAGAGUAAAGCGGCCCUGGGCCGAGAGAAGAGCAACGACUCGGUGGACAAACAGAGACAGGAGGCUCGCAAGCGGCUCAUGGCGGCCAAGAGAGCUCAGUCCGUCAAGCAGAACUCUGCCACCGAGAGCGCCGACAGCAUCGAGAUCUACGUCCCCGAGGCUCAGACGCGGCUCUGAGGAGAUGCACAAACCAGCUCAAGGGCUCCGGCGUCGCUCAACACCAAAAGCUGCUUUCAACGGCGAGAGGGUCGAGGGACGAGGACGGAAACGAACAGUGAGAACAGACUGCCAAGGAAAACCUCACAACCAAUCUUAUUAGUCGCGAUUUAAUAAUGUUAUCGGUAUGAUAAUUAAUAUGGGACCGCUGUCGAUUACGAUUACCGUCCUAAACUCUAUCAGAUUGUUUUAAUUGUUUCGGAUAAGAACUCCUGUAUCGUAGAAACAAGCCCGCCGCCCGCGUCUUUCCCCGCUGGAAUCCACGUCUUCCCGUCACACGCUUCUCUUUCCGUUCUCCUUCCUCCCCCUCGCCCCGUCUUUCGGUAACGGUCCGGAGGGACGCAAGCGAUGGAGACGUCCGUGAUCGGCGGACGCGGGGCGUUUCAGGGCAGGCAGGUGGCGCUCUUCCGCGUCUCUGCGUUUAUUAAUCAUGCGUUCGUUGCAUAUCCGAUGAAAGCUGCCUGCGUCUCAGGUCCUGAAGUCUCGCGGUUGUCCAGCUCUCGUGAGUUUAAACCAGCGCUGUCAAACGAUUAAUCUUUGAGUACCGAGUGCAUUUAUUAUGCGUACAGAUCUCCCGUCUAAACUCCUCUUUCACUAUUGCAAAACGGAGAAAAAACAUUUUAUAUUUAAAAUUUUCUUAUUUGUAAAACACACAGAUGUGUCAAGCGCCGUUUAAAAUCACAAUUGAAAUUAAAAACUUGCUCAAAACAACAUUCGGGAUUAAACGGGUAGACUUCAUGACAUUUAUGACACUGACUUAUUAAAUAAAGCUGUUGUUAUAUCUAUGUAUUUGUGUGAAUAAAUGUACGUUUAUAUCAUUUGCAUUAUUUAGACCGAACACACAGACGUUUACGUCGAUGAUUAAUCGUUUGACGGCACUGCUUUAAACCGGUUCCCAUCCUAACAGUGUUCUGCUUUGAGGAAAGCAACCUAACCUGAUGUUUUAUUGAAUGAAGUGCCUGUGGAUCAUUAUUGUGGGUAACUUUACGACCCUCGUAGCAAUAUCAAAGAUUAUAAUACCAUGAUUUAAUCAGCGCUCCCUAAAACACGUAGUGUAGACGGCGUGAUGAAACUUAAGAGCUAAAUAGGAUUCUUUCUUUCUUUUCGUCGUGCGCUUUCUCUUUCUGCACACAUCUGUACUCGUCACUCCUCGCCAUUUUUCCCAUUUUUAGUCCUGUUAGUCAUUCAGGGAGUGUUUUAAACUCUUGACGCGGUCUUUAAUGGGAGCUUUCACCAAUGCGAAGAAUUAUGCGAUAAGAGAAAUACAAAAAAUACACAUUUGAUGCAGUUCAUUUUGAAAAAGCAUCUUUGUGCAAUGUUUUGCUUAGUUUUUUUUUUACCAAAAGUGGUGAGAUUUGUUUUAAAUGUAUUAUAAAACUGCAAAUUAAGAAAUCUUACCUACAUAUUCUAAUGUUAAUGCGGUUUUAAUAACUCCGUCCUUUAUAUACUUAAUGUGGCUUAAUCUAACAUACUGCGUGUUUCUUAUUGCACUGCCGUUAACAAGUUUGGGCAUGAUUUUUUUUUUCCGUGUUUUACGUCUCCAAGGCCGCAUGCGUUCGAUCAAAAAAAAAACAUUCAAUUUGUACAAUAUCCUCACACUUUAAAAAGCCGUUUUCUAUGUUCAAAUGUAAUUCACUGAAUUUUCAGCAUCGCUGCUCCAGUCAGAAACCAUUCCAAGCAUUUCUGAUCGUCGGUGUUGAAAACAAAUACGCCGGCUAAUAUUUUUGCGCAAACGGUGACACUUUUUAUUUUUUCAAAACGUUCAGAAGAAUAGCGUUUGCUUGGUCCCUUCUCGAUCGAACUGACCCCCGACUUUUUAAUCGUACGCUCACGAACGCUUGCGGCCCUGCAUUCAGGGGCAAAUGUCUCCAGACCGCCGCUGAUUGGCCGUCGCCGCGCGUCUUUGGGCUAAUGAUGGUGUGAACUGCGCGUCUUCAGUCUGCGGCCUCUCCCGGUCGUUCCCUCCAUUCUGUGUCGCCCGAGUCGUUGACGCCUGCUCAAUGUCCUGAAAACGUCUGACAGACAUCAGGAUCACGUGAAGGAGUAUUUAAGCGCUGCUCAUAUUUUGAUCUCUUAACCUUACACCAGCCUGCGGUACUACUCCCCCAGUUCAACCUGCAGAGAUAAGCACAACGAUCCCACUAAGAUGUAUGAAUAGAAUUUGGCUAAAAAACGAUUUGUAUAUAUUCUAUAUUUCGAGGUGCAUCGUGACGGUGCCUUUUCAAGUCGUUUUAUUUAUGCAUUUUUUAAGAGUCGCAGUCGUUUUGUAGGAAUGAAAAUGAUUUUGGGAGCAACCGAGGCAAACCCCCAGACGGGAAAAAAUGAGAAAUAAACUGCUGAAACGAGCAUUUUCAAAAUAAAACGCAAACAAAAUCGUAAAGGUGGGUGCCCUUUACAUCCGACGUUUUAUUCGAUUUUAUUUUUAUGAGCGGUGUUUCACCAAACACAUCAUUCUGAGUCACCAGGGAUUCAUUCUGUUCAGGGAUUGGGUUUAAUUACUGUUUAACGGCUGAAGCGUGUGGAAACGUCGAGAAUCGCUCUUUAGAUACCACAUUAUAAUCUUUUUUUCCUUGAAUCUGUCCGCCUGUGUUGUUCAUUGCCCGGCGCUCCGGUGUGGUGAAUCUGGUUUUCCCGGUCCCGUUUGAUCUGGGUCGUGUUUUGUGGGCUUCCCUGAGGACGUGGAUCUCCUCGGCACUGGAUCUGGAUCGCCUCUCUGUUCAUGCUGCUUGGAUACUAGAUAAACUCUUUUCUACUCCUGUGAAGUGACUGAGCAGCGGCGAAGCACCGGACGUGACGCUCGCUCUUCAGCUGUGUUUUACUCGCUCCUGGGGGUCGUCGAACAAUAAAUCAUCUAAAUGCAAGAGUUUGUAGCAACAAGAAUUAAGAUUAUUAUUAUUAUUAUAAAGAUUGAUAAUCAAUAUUUUAUGACACAAGCACAUAUUUUACUGACUAGGAUUUGUUCAAUAUGUCUAAUGCUAUAUGAAGUUUAGGCUGUGUAUGUCAGGGUCUUUUGUUUAGUAAGAAAUACAGUAAAUCUGAGUUAAGUUCA